AUGUCCACGACUACGUUCGAUUAUAUCCUAUAUCAUAUUAAGGAUAGCAUCACACUCCAAAACACGAACUACAGGACAUGCAUACCACCAACUGAAAUGUUAGCUGUAACGUUGAGGUACGUAGUAAAAUACUACUCCAUCACCGCAACUAGAAGACGCAUGAAGUGUUGGGAAGAUACCUCGCAAGUGGAAAUACCUUCACCGAUAUGUCAUAUACCUUCCAACUGGUAUCAAAACUAUAAGCAGAACAGUGACACAAGUGUGUCACCAAAUAUGGACUAUUUUAAGUGGUGAACACUUGGCUGCGCCUACUACUGAGCGAUGGUUA